ACACUCUCGCAGAUUUCAUGACGAAGAAGAAGAACAGGGACCUGGAGCUCUUGAGCUGGAGCUGGCGGGUAUUGUUUACAUUCAGAAUGAAAAUGGUGGCAAUAGCCAACUGUAACACUCUAAAUUUUUUAAAAUUUCUGUCAUUACUCUUGUCAUCGCAUUCAUUGAAGGCUCAUAAUCAGGGGUGUGGAAUGUCUAUAUUCAAGUAAAUGAUUGACCAGCAUGGAACGGUGGUUAGAAAUGUGAGAAGUCCAGAAGUAUUUUCUUCUUUCUCUGGUUGUUCAACUUUUUUUUAACAUGGAAGCAGACAGCAAUUUCAGCAAGAAUGAAGCAGUCAAAAUAUCCUCCUCCUUCUCAUGCCAAGAAAAAGGGAAGUACAUGAAACUAUCUUCAUAUUUACUGGCCAUCCGGCCAUGGUCUUUGAGUGCAUCCUUGAUGCCAACUCUCUUAGGCUAUACUUUAGCACACAAACUAAACCCUCAAAAUGAGCAUAGCCUAUUAAUUUUAUCUCUAACUCUUUUAACAGUCAUAUCAGUCCACUGUGCUGGUAAUUUGGUAAAUACCUAUUUUGAUUAUGUUAAAGGCAUUGAUAAUCGUAAAAGUGAUGACCGAACUUUAGUUGAUCACUUGUUGUCCAAAGAUGAAGUUGUAAGCUUCGGAGGACUUGUCUAUGCAGUAGGUUUCAUUGGUUGUGUAUGUCUUUCAUCAUUGUCUCCUGCUAAAUUCGAACACCUGGCUCUAGUUUAUUUUGGUGGCCUGUCAGGCUCAUUUUUGUAUACUGGCGGCAUUGGGCUGAAAUACAUUGCCUUAGGAGAUGUACUUAUUUUAAUCAUAUUCGGUCCUGUUUCUGUGCUGUUUGCCUACAUGUGUCAAACGGGUAAAUUAGAAUGGGGUGGCAUUUAUUAUGCCCUACCUCUAGCCUUAAAUACAGAAGCUAUCCUACACAGUAACAAUACUAGAGAUUUGGAAUCAGACAGGAGAGCUAAAAUUGUUACAUUAGCUAUUGUUUUAGGUCAUACAUUGUCUCAUAUAUUGUAUGCAUUUUUACUAUUUACUCCUUACAUAAUUUUCGUUGUCCUAGCCACCAGAAAGUUGUAUUGGUUCUUGUUGCCACUGGUUACAGCGCCAAGAGCUUUUCAGAUCGAGAAACGGUUUCGCAAUCCAGAAACUAUUCAAAGUGUACCUCGUUCCACCGCAAACCUUAAUUUAUUUUUUGGCCUUCUCUAUGUUUUAGCAAUAAGUUUGACUGAUUCUAAAUCUUUACCGUUUGUUCAUUAGUAAUUCGGAGCAAAGAAUUUUGUUUACUUUUAGAUGAUUCAUUUAUUUAUUUUUUGAUGAUUGUUAUGUAAAUAUCCUUCAUCUAAUUAAAUGUAACGCAGCAGAGCAAAAUGUGUCUCAAGAUGAGGAGAAAUCACAUGAGAUAACGUCACCACAUGUGGAGGAGUUGAUUUUACAUACUAAGGUGCAAAAAAAACCCCCAAAAACUCAACUUUUGACAGCACUUUUUUGGUAAGAGUUCAAAGACCAAAAACAGGGAAUGCAAGAGAACCGCUGAAAAAAAUUGCUGACGCUGUUGCCAGUCCUUGGGACAAUUCGUUUUAUGAAACAGUAUCCUAGGAUCUUGAUUUAUACCUCAAAUCGAGUUUUUGUGCUGCACUAAAAAACUUGAGUUUCCACCUUACGCCACACUUUGCCCUGCUGCAUCAUAAAAAAGUUGA